CGGAAUUGGAACACUGUUCGAAAUUUUCUAGUUCCAUUUUGUCAAUAUUUUCAGUACGAAAUCCAAAUAAUAAAAUUAUACGUCGCAAAGAUUAUUUUGAGACACGAAGGUCACGUUUGUGUGUAUAUGAGAAAAAUGGGAAAUUUUCUCAGUUUAUUAUAAGAAAAACAAAAAAAGAGAAAAAAAAAAUGAAGGAAUAAAAAAAAACAAAAAAAAAAAUGGAUUUAAAUACAAGUGAAAUUGCUGACGAAGUGAAAAAGAAAAAUAUUCUCCAUUGGAAUUAUCGUGAAUUCAAUGAACUUCCAAUAGUUGUGAAAACUCAUGGCUCACAUGUGAGGGAAAUUUAUUUAAAAUGGAAUAAAUUAAAAACUCUACCAAAAUGGAUUGGCGAAUUGAAAAAUUUACAAAAUUUAUAUUUAUCCGGUAAUUUUAUACAAAAAUUACCUCAAGAAAUAAAAUUUUCAAAACUCACUGUUUUGGAUUUAAAUUCAAAUCAAUUGGAAUUUAUUCCAACGAGUGUUGCUAAUUUAAUUACAUUAAAAUAUUUAUUAUUGGACGACAAUUAUAUUACCAGAAUUCCUCCCAUUUUCAGCCAAUUGAGGAAUUUGGAAUAUUUAUCAAUAUGUCGAAAUCGAUUGGAAACAUUGCCUGAAUGGUUGGGUUCACUUGAAAAACUCGAGGAUUUAAUUGUUGAUAAUAAUUAUUUAGAAGAGCUUCCAAAUAGAUUAACUUUAGCGCCUGUAUUAUUAAACAUUUCCGUUUGUUCGAACAGAUUACGAUAUUUGCCAUUCAAUGGAUUUCUCUCGUCGCCAUUUAUUCGUUUCGAUUUGAAUCGUGAUUUAAAUUAUUUAUCCUACACUCUAUUGUGUCAAUUAAUUUCAAAAUUUCGCGACACUUUUGACGGUGAUUUGAGAAAUAUCGUUUCUCGCGGAUGCUUUCAAAAAGACGUCACAGAAUCGAAAAAUCGAAAUCAAAAACUACAAAUUUCCCCAAAUGAAUACGAUGGAAAUGAAGAAAUAACAAUUGAAUUUCCUUCACAACUUGUGAAAAUUCAUAAAAUUUCCAAUAAUGUUGUUUGCACACUUAGCGAAUUAGCUCUUCGAAAAGUCUACAAAAACAGAUAUCGUCACAAUUUAGAAAUAAAAAAAUCGCCAUUAAAUGUAAAAAUAAUUUACGAACCUCGUUAUUGUUCAACGUUAAAUAAUGAUUUUCAAAUGUUUCAACAUUUUUUCCCAGCUAUUUUAAUGGACAAUGGUCCAUUAAGCAUUUGUCACAAUUAUCAUUGUCAGGAGGCAAUUUUCACUGAAUCAUGGAUUAUAUUUCGUUUGGGUUUUGAUUUUCUUCAUUUUCCAACAUGUGCUUUUUUUUGCAGUCACAGAUGCGCUUCCAAAUUUGCCAAUUUCUCCGAAUUCAGAAAUCAUUAUUUUCUCAAUCACUGAACUAUUAUCUGAUAUAUAAUAAAUAUAUAUAUAUAUAUAUAUAUAUAUAUAUAUAUAUAUAUAUAUAUAUAUAUAUAUAUAUAUCUACUAAUCUUGAAAUUAUCUAGAAAAUAAAAUUUUUCUUCAAAUUAAACAAAAAUUUCCUUGACAAUGAAAAAAAGGAAAAUGAAAAUGAAAAAUAAAAGAGGCGAUAAUGGCUGUGGUGUAAGUAUCGUCGUUUCAGGAACUGGCGCCGUUUUCACCGGAAGUUGUUGUUGAUUAUUAUCCUGUGACAAUGGUGGUGGUGAUGGUGAAUUUUCCUGUUUUCUCGUUUUUUCCUCAAUACGUG